AUGUCCUCACCAAGACAAACCAUUUACGUUAACAACCUUAAUGAAAAAGUGUCGAUAAACAAAUUGAAAAAUGAGUUACAGCAAACAUUCAAUGUAUGUGGGAAAAUACUACAGAUAUCUGCUCUCAAAACAUUGAAACUAAAGGGACAAGCAUUUAUCACAUUUGAAGAUAUACCCAGUGCCACAAAGGCUCUAGAGCUUAACAAGAAAGAUUUAUUUUCUAAGCCUAUGAAUGUUACAUAUGCCAAAUCCGAUGCUGAUGUGAUUUCGACCGACGACAAUAUAGCACAACGUAAAAAGUUACGUAGUAAGAAAAGAAAAUUGGAUAAAUCAGGUACUAAGAAUGACAAGCAGAUAAAGAAAUUAAGAGAUGAAUGGAAAGAAUUACCUCCUAACCAUAUAUUAUUAAUUCAAAACUUGGAAAAAUUUGAUGAUUUGAAAAUUUACUUCGAAAAAUUUGCUGGAUUUGAUAAUGUGAGAUUGGUCAAAGUGAAAAAUUUGGCUUUUAUUGAAUUUGAAAGUGAAGACUUGGCCAAAUCAUGUUUGGAUCAGACAACAGAAGAUGAUUUGAAACAAUUUGGGCAUGAUGUGAUACUUUCAUUUGCUAAAAAAUAG